CAAGAUAAGAUGGACACCAGAAACAGUGUAAACUAUGUUUACUUUGUGUUUGUUUGUAUUUUAUUUUUAUGCAAUGUCAAGAAAUCUUGCUGUGAUACAAUAUAUGGGGAAGAUGAUACAAUGCACCCAGUCUUCAUUUUUGGUCCCAUGAAGAGAGGUGAGCCAAUGCACCAUUGGCUAGAGAAUCCAGAAAACGGUGUUGCUUUCUUUAUCACAAAAGCAAGGACUGCCCAAAGAUUUCCCAUGGUGAUAGCCACAGAAUAUAAUGUACCAUUGGUUCUCUUCAAACCAGAGUCAGGCCAUAAUAUCCAAGGAGAACUUUAUGAAUUAAGCUUAAAAAUGAUAAAGAAAUUAGACAGAUAUGAGUUUAUGCCUAAUGAAGUAAUUCCACGUAUUGAGAUGAUAACUUACAACGAUACUAAAAAAAAUCAAACAAUUUUACGGCCAGCUAUGAUGUAUGUAAAAUACUACUUGUUAGAUGACAGCUAUCUGAAACUGCCUUUUAUAUCAAACUACCAAUCAAGAGGAGAUCAUGGACUCGAGUUUCGAGAAAGACCACCGAAAGAAAAAAGAAAAGGUGUGAAAAAGAAGAAAAGACUUAAAUAUGGAUUCAAAAAAGUUGAAAGAAGAAAUAUUACGUAUGUGUCUGAAGCUGGUAAUUAUACAUAUGAAGUAGAAGAUCUCAGUGGCGAUAUAAGGAGAAUGCAAAGACGCUUAGAAAGGAGCCAAAGAAAGAAAGAUAGGGAGAACUUAUAUACAAGCAAAAGACCUACUUUCACAAACAACUUUUUAAAGGGUCUAAAUGGAACUAAGUUGAACUAGCUAAGCAUCAAAAGUUUAUUGAUGUAAUGAAAUUUAUAACUUCAAAAUAAAAGACCCAAAACCAAUAA